AUGGCUAGGACCAGAGAACGACGGGAGGACAGGCAAUCCAAGCCCCCCACAAGGAAGUUCACGAGCUUCAUCUCGUUGGCUACCCCGAUCAACCAAGCCUUGAUGCAAAUCAAGGACAAAGGAGCCCUGACCUUUCCUGGCAAGCUGAAGGGAGAUCCUAAUAAGAGGUUUAGAGACAAGUACUGCUGUUUCGACCAUGGCCAUGGUUAUGACACAGCCGACUACUAUGACUUGAAGCAACAAAUCGAAGCUCUCAUCAGGCAAGGAAAGUUACAAAGGUUCGAAUCAGGAGAAAGCGGAACCACCUCAAAAAUUAGGAGAAAUGUUCAAGUCUACAUUGACGACUUGCUAGUAAAAAGUCGAAGAGAAGGUGAUCAUUUAAAUGAUCUUAGGGAAACCUUCAACACCCUUCGCUCUUAUAACAUGAAGCUUAAUCCAGGCAAAUGUACAUUCGGGGUAACGGCAGGAAAGUUCCUAGGAUUCAUGGUGUUGCAAAGAGGUAUCGAGGCCAACCUAGAUAAGAUCCAGACCAUAAUAGAAAUGGCACCUCCUAAGAAUGUGAAAGAAGUACAAAGCCUUAAUGGCAAGGUAGCCGCGCUGAACAGGUUUGUGUCCAAAGCAAUGGAUAAGUUUCUACCUUUCUUCCGCACGUUGAAGAAAUCUUUUGAGUGGACGGACGAAUUUCAACAAGCGUUCGAGGACCUAAAGGCCUACCUUUCUUCCCCACCAUUACUAAGUCCCUUAAAACCAAGAGAAGAAUUGUUCCUCUACAUGGUUGUAUCCCCGGCCGCCAUUAGCGUGGCCAUGAUCAAAGAAUAA